UAGGAGAGGAGGGCGGAGCUCCAGGACGGGCAGGUCCGCGCACGCGCUGCAUGGGGAUUCCGGAAGCGUAACUAAGAAAUGGGAUGGAGAAGUACGAGCGGAUCCGAGUGGUGGGCAGAGGUGCCUUCGGGAUUGUGCACUUGUGCCUGCGUAAGGCUGACCAGAAGCUGGUGAUCAUCAAGCAGAUCCCAGUGGAGCAGAUGACCAAGGAAGAGCGGCAAGCAGCACAGAACGAGUGCCAGGUGCUCAAGCUGCUCAACCACCCCAAUGUCAUUGAGUACUAUGAGAACUUCCUGGAAGACAAGGCCCUCAUGAUUGCCAUGGAAUAUGCUCCAGGUGGAACCCUGGCUGAGUUCAUCCAGAAGCGCUGCAAUUCCCUGCUGGAGGAGGAGACCAUCCUUCAUUUCUUCGUGCAGAUCCUGCUUGCACUACAUCAUGUACACACCCACCUCAUCCUGCAUCGGGACCUCAAGACCCAGAACAUCCUUCUUGACAAACACCGCAUGGUUGUCAAGAUUGGUGAUUUUGGCAUCUCCAAGAUCCUCAGCAGCAAGAGCAAGGCCUACACGGUGGUGGGUACUCCAUGCUACAUCUCCCCUGAGUUGUGUGAGGGUAAGCCUUACAACCAGAAGAGUGAUAUCUGGGCCCUGGGCUGUGUUUUAUACGAGCUGGCCAGUCUCAAGAGAGCCUUUGAGGCUGCGAACUUGCCAGCCCUGGUGCUGAAGAUCAUGAGUGGCACCUUUGCACCCAUCUCUGACCGGUACAGCCCUGAGCUGCGCCAGCUGGUCCUGAGUCUGCUCAGCCUGGAGCCUGCACAGCGGCCACCACUUAGCCACAUCAUGGCACAGCCCCUCUGCAUCCGGGCCCUCCUCAAUCUCCACACCGAUGUGGGAAGCGUCCGAAUGCGAAGGGCAGAAAAGUCCCUGACCCCAGGACCACCUAUGGCCCCUGGCAGCACAGGGAGCAGAAUCACUAGUGCCCGCUGCAGGGGCGUUCCCCGGGGACCUGUGAGAUCGGCCAUCCCACCCCCACUGUCCUCAGUGUACGCGUGGGGCAGUGGGCUUAGCGUGCCGCUGAAGCUGCCGAUGCUCAACACAGAGGUGGUCCAGGUGGCCACUGGGCGCACGCAGAAGGCAGGAGUCACGCGAUCUGGUCGUCUCAUCCUGUGGGAGGCCCCUCCCCUAGGCCCCCUCCUCCCCGGAGCAGUUGAGCAGCCUCAGCCCCAGUUUGUCUCACGUUUCCUGGAGGGCCAGUCCGGUGUGACCAUCAAGCACGUGGCCUGCGGGGACCUAUUCACAGCUUGCCUGACUGACCGAGGCAUCAUCAUGACCUUCGGUAGUGGCAGUAACGGGUGUCUAGGCCAUGGCAACCUCACUGACAUCAGCCAGCCCACCAUUGUGGAAGCUCUGCUGGGCUAUGAGAUGGUGCAGGUGGCCUGUGGGGCCUCUCAUGUAUUGGCCCUGUCCACAGAUCGAGAACUAUUUGCCUGGGGCAGAGGAGAUGGUGGCAGGCUGGGACUAGGCACCAGGGAGUCCCACAGCUGCCCCCAGCAGGUGCCUGUGCCUCCAGGACAGGAAGCUCAGCAAGUUGUUUGUGGCAUUGACUCUUCCAUGAUCCUUACUGUGCAUGGCUGGGCCCUGGCCUGUGGGAGCAACAGGUUUAACAAGCUGGGCUUGGACCAUCUAUCUCUGGAGGAGUCUGUCCCCCAGAAGCAAGUAGAGGAGGCUCUGAGCUUCACACCACUGGGCUCUGCACCCCUGGACCAGGAGCCUCUUCUGAGUGUGGACCUGGGUACUGCCCAUUCAGCUGCUGUGACUGUCUCGGGUGACUGCUAUACUUUCGGCAGUAAUCAGCAUGGGCAGUUGGGCACCAGUGCUCGUCGGGUCAGCCGGGCACCCUGUCAGGUCCAAGGCCUUGAUGGGAUCAAGAUGGUGAUGGUGGCCUGUGGGGAUGCCUUCACUGUAGCCAUUGGGGCAGACGGUGAAGUGUACUCUUGGGGCAAAGGGGCCCGAGGUCGACUGGGAAGGAGGGAUGAGGAUGCUGGACUCCCUAGGCCAGUGCAUCUGGAUGAGACACAUCCUUACACAGUGACUUCAGUGUCCUGCUGCCAUGGAAACACUCUUCUGGCUGUUCGAUUUGGUGCUACACCUCCAUUUCUGACCUGACAGGAGAGUUCUGACUCCAGGGCCCAGUGGUAAUGGAGGUAGGUGAUGCCUGAUAUAGGCACUGCCUUCAAAGAGGCUGCAGAAGCUUCUCUUUGAUACUCUCCAGCGGUCACAGAUGAACCAGUUCCCCCCUGAAGCAACAGGAUACACCAAAUGGACCACCCUGGAACUGCUUCACCUCCAAGUGUUCUGAAACCUACAGGUGCUAGAAGCAUGACUGUUUCCAGCCUUCUGGAUUAUGUCUGCAAUGUGGUAGAAGGGCUAGCGAAGCCCAGGACUUCUUUUCCUCUCUCAAUUCCUCUUAUUUGGUGUCUCCAGUCUUUAGCCUGGCAGAAGUUAACAGCUGAACCUAGUUUUUGGAAGUAGGAUGGUCUUUCAGAGCCUUUGCUAAAAAACCCACCUGCUCCCCCCCCCCCCCCAGUUAGAAAGUAAGUCCCCCAUGUUCACAGGGAGACUGGCGCCAUGCUUUGUAGUACGGCAAGCCAGGGCCUGCUUGGACUGGCCAUUAGGCCUGCCUAAUCUUUGCACAGCCUGGAGCAUAAGCCCCCUUGGCUUUUAUCCUGAGGCAGAAGUUUGCAUAACCUUUCAGAUCCUCUCGUCCCUAGGGUGAGUGCAGGAGCCACAGAGUGUCACCAGGGGAUCCUACUGAAGGUUGUCCCUCACCCCAGGUCUUUCCCCAGACCUAGAUUUGGGAAAAAGUAGCUGGCUGGACUCCACCAGUUUCCCAAGUAAUUCAAAGAAGUGCCAAUAAAAAUAUCAACUGCACCCACAUGGCGGCUACGAACCCUCCUUAACUCCGGUUCCUAGGGAAUCCAAAGCCCUCUUCUGACCUCCUCGGCAUUGCACUACACGGGUGCA